AUGAAAUAUUUUCUGAAAUCGAGCAUGUAUUCUAUCCAAGUCAUUUUGAUAUUUUAUUCAAUUAUACUAUACAUUGAAGCAUUUCAUUCAGAUGACGAAUUAUUUGCUGUAAAUAUCAAUGAAGCCAACACAUAUUCCAGUUCAAAUGUACCAGGUGGUCUAUCGGAAUAUUCAAUUGAUGAUGAUUUUAUGCAUAUGCAACCAACAUGCUUUCAGACUGAUCCUGCACAACCUGAUUUAAACGGUUAUCAUUGGUUAAUAAUUGAUUUUGGUAUACAUUUACACCAUAUAAAAGAAAUACGACUUGCACCAAAUCCAUUUCAUAAAUAUUUCGCUACAAAACUCUCAAAUAUUGAUGUGUUUCUUAUACAAAGUGGUGAAUCAUUGGAAACCGAUGAAAUGUUAGCAUCACUAAGACAAACAAAUCAAAGAACACCAAAAGAUAUUAUGUGGAAUUCAAAAGGCAUUAAAUUUUGUCAGUCGACAGGUAAUAUUACAGCUGGUACUCGUGCUGCUACAAUAGAAUGUCCACAAGAAAUGGAUGCAAAGUGGUUAGCAUUACGUAGAACAGAUGAGUUGGAAAUUUGCCUUGUCAGUGUUUAUGUAAAGAAAGCCUAUGAAGAGUGUUUCAUACAGUAUUCAACAGAAGAACAACAAAUAUGGCCUAGUUUAUCAGGUCAACCAUUUAGUUUUAUACGUCAUUUAUCAAAAUCAGCUUGUCGUGCUGGAUGUUCAGUCAAUAAAAAUUGUCAAGCUAUACGCUAUAGAAAAAUAAGACAUACUGGAGUCUGUGAACAAAUACGUGAUGUUAUACUUUCAGAAGAUUAUACCAGUGUCAUUCCAGAUGAGAGGAAUCCAGUUUCACAUGAUUCUUUAGUAAAUUGUGAAUCAGAGAAUUGUAUGAUUGAAUUAAACAAAUGUCAAUUAGGUAGAUUAGAAGAAUUACAUCAAGUUAAACAGUCUGAAGAAAAUGACACUAUAAUCUCAAUCUCUAAUUCGAACAAUGAAUCAAAUGACUUACAAAGUGAGAAUAAAUUCUCAUUAUGGGAAAUUCCAUCGAAUUUACAAAAGAUUAAAGCUGAACAAUCAAAUGAAUUAAAUAAUGAAUUAUUAUUUUCCAUUCAAAUGAAUGGUUAUUUAUAUUGUAGUAAAGCAGUUUGCGAUACAUUGAAAAUUUAUUCAAUGGAUAAGAAUAAUGAGGCAAUUCUUUGCGGUGAAAUUAAUUCACUUAUUGUAUCACAUUUAAAUAAAUAUUAUUUAUUUUGUCAAAAUAAUUAUCCAAUGGAUAAAUUAAAAUUUAUUCGUUUAGAAUGGAAUAAUAUGGGUAGAGAAAAAGCGGGUUAUUUACAUGUAAAUAUUACACAAAUGUUUAUUAGAAUAACAAAAAAUACGAAAUUAUUCAAUAUGAAUUUAAAUUUAAAUACUACGCCAAUGACAACUUAUUCAACUAUGCUUGUUACAAACAAUAUAGAGUUUACUACUGAACAACAAUCUAGUCAACAUUUUUUAGAAAUAAAAGGAUAUGAAGUAAAUGAACAAUAUACAACUCAACAAUAUAAAGAUCAAAUUAAAGAAUUGAAAAAUGAAAAGAAUGAAGUGGGAUUAAAAGCACAGAAUAAUCUUCAUGAAACAGAAUUACUUCAACAAUACUAUCAACAUGAAAAAAAUGAAUUAGAUGAUAAAAGAGAAAGAGGAAAAUCAGAAACUCUACAUCAUGCAGAUUCAUAUAAGGGUGAAGAUGAACAAUAUACUGAAAUGAAAGAAACUAGCACCCAUAAUGAAGAAAAUAGUUAUUCAGUCAAUUAUUUGAAUACGAAUACUGAUUAUACAGAAAAUGAAGAAGAUGAAUAUGAUACGUCAACACUGGAAUCAUUUGAUGAUCAAACAGUAGAAGAUGAUCUAACAUAUGCAACAGAAAAUGAAUCGAAUAUACAAAUGAUGAACAUUCAUGACAAACAUAAUAUGUCGCCCAAACAAAAUCACUUAACUGUAACAACCACUGAAUCUUAUGAAGUUGUAGAACAUACUGAGACCCGUGAUAAUAUCGUUGCCGAUUCAUGGACGCGACAAUCAGACUCACAUAAAGACUUAGAUAAAAAUGUAAAUAAUUAUCGAAAGAAAAAUAUCACGUCAACAAAACUAGGCGUACGUGAAGCAAGAAGGGAAAAAGACCAUGAAAAUUUACAAAUAGCUGGACAGCACCAUCGUAAUUUAGAAAAGAAAUCACUUCAAACAGUUCGAGUUGAUGAGGGGCCGAAAAAUAUCUCCCUCUUUUCACGUAGACCUCAAUUUAUUCUGAUUUUUGCAAUUACAAUUCUUAUAUUUCUAAAGAUCUGGUGA